GUGCGCAAGGGGUGGGCUCCAUGCUCGAGGGGAGGGGAGGGGAGGGAAGGGGAGGCAGGCAGCGAGAGUUGGGGCAGCCGAGGCCCCCACAUCGAUCGAUGUGGUGAGCAAGAUGAGCACGGGACACUUGGUCUGAUUGGGUCACUCUGCAGUGCAGGAAAAAUUUGCCCGGCCGCGUUCAGGUGAGGUUCGAGAGGUUUGCGGGAAUUCGACCGUGUCGACAGGAAGGAAUGCAGGCUGGAUGGAGUCACUGUCUCCGGCUCCUGGAGAGCGCCAAUUUGCAACGAGGCGGACCUUCGGACGGAGGCGUUACGAAAUCGUCGAUGGAUCAUCAGGCGAUGAAGACCGAGUGGGAGUUGAUGAAGACUCUUGUACAAGUCACACAUGAAUAUGGAGGUCAGAUAUCUGCCGAGGAGACUUCUUCUGUGCUGGGAGUGCUUUUGAGAUCAGUAAAACAACCUGAAUUCUCAGUAACUAAUCAAUCAAAGGUCAUUCUGAGGAGCUGGUCAGAGGGUUCUUCAGCUAGAGGCGUCGAGUUCAAGGCCAAAGUCGGAGAUGAUGAGAUAGAGUAUCAGAGAUUGGUAUUUACAGCAAUUGGCAACCUCUUUGCCCGAGCAGGAAAUACCGUUCAGAAGGACACGUGGAUCGUCGUGGUCAAGAUGCUGCGCAUUAUGUUGGAAUCUAUCGUGUCAACAAAUCUCAUAGAAGAUGCGGCCUCAUCCAGAUGCUAUGCCGCUGUGCUUCGUUGUGCUCAUCUGGUUCUUUCAGACUGUAAGAGCUCGCUUGAAGAGCAUAUCUCCGGCCUCGUAGGAGCCUUACGAGUGUUCUUUACCUACGGAUUAUCGAACUCUGGUUCUACCUUGAACUCCAAUAAAGGUGGUCAGGGUUCACCAUCAGUCAGGAAACCAAGUUCGUGGCAAGAAUCAAGUUCGAAAAGUCAAGAAAGAGGAGCUUAUCGACCUCCGCACUUGCGCGGUAAGCCUCAAGCUAGUCGAAGCAUUCAAGUUGGAAGCAGUGAUGCCUUUACUGGGGAUUGUGAUGGACAAGGAGCAUGGGGAGGAGCAUCUUCAGACUCAGAACAGAGUGACAGUGAUGCUCACCAUGAAGAAGGUGACCGUUUUAAAAGCUCCAAGGUUCGAACUAACGCAAUUUUGACCAUUCAGGCAAUUGCCAGAGCGGAUCCUAAAGUCCUUCAUGCGCAUUGGGUGGUUUUGCUGCCAACACAAGAUGUUCUUCAACCUCGGCCCUAUCAGGCCACACUGCUCACAGUUCUCCUAUUUGACCCUCUCACGAAGGCGCGGAUGGCCGCUGCGUCUACUUUGGCCGUAAUGCUCGAGGGCCCUGCACGUGCCUUCUUGCAAGUAGCUGAACACAGGGACAUUGCAAGAUCCAAUUCCUUCACAACAUUAUCGAGUUCCCUGGGCCAGCUGGUGAUUCAGCUACACAUAGGCCUCGUGCAUGUGAUUUCAAAUGAAGCGCAUGGAGGUAUAGUUGUUGGUGCUCUCAAAUCACUGUCUCUGUUGGUGUCAGCCUCGCCAUAUACUCGACUACCGCAUGAGCUACUGCCUUAUGCCAUCUGCUCAGUUCAUCGACGGGCUCGAGAACUCUUCUUUACUUCAGUUGAUCAAAGCAACAUGAUGUGCGCAGCUAUAAAUUGUCUGGGUGCAGCCUUGGGCAGUAAUCCACCUUCUGCGCAAGUCGCCGCCAGCCUUAUUGUCCAAGCCCCAGCAGUUUCAUCGUCAUGGGCACCUUCAGGUGAAAGUCCGUCAUGCAGUCAUUUGCUACUUCCAGACCUCGUGGCGUAUACCCAGCUCUCAGCAGCUCCAGUCAUACGCGUGGAGGCUUUUCAGGCUCUCAAAGCUGCUGUUCAUACAUAUCCAUCCGUAGUUGCUGCUUAUUGGGAGCCGAUCUCAAAUUCAAUUGUGGCAGCUAUUGAGCAUGCAAAUUAUCACAGUGGUUUGGGGGAGGCCGUAGAUCCAUAUUCCAAUCCUCAAAACGUCAGGAAGUUUCUUGUACCAUCAGUAAAUGGUCAAAUCGCAAGGUUAGCUGACGACAAAGUAGUUCACAGUGCAAUCAAGCUCCUUGAUGAAUUUCUUCGAGCUGCUUCUGGCUAUAAAGGAACCGAUGAGUUGCUAGAUGACGGGCCCUUUCAGACUCCGUCACCGUUUUUCGUACCAAAUCCUUUGAGGCUGGUCGCUGCUUCCGGCCUUUUUGUUUCGAAGCAUGGACCAGAUACUGUUCAUUCUGAAAUAGAUAGCGGAGCAGGAGUGGCGCUAUGGUUGGAGGCUUUGAAUAAACACCUACCAACAACGCUGUCGCAUUCUGCACCAAUGGUGCGAGGAGCGGCAUUGACUUGCUUUGCAGGAUUGACGAGUGCAAUAUUUUGCUCUCUGCCAGAUGACAAGCAAGAUUAUGUUCUCUCUGCUCUGAUCUAUGCAGCAUGGAAGGAUGAUACACCUGCUGUUCGCUCUGCCGCAUGCCGAGCGAUCGGUGUAGUGGUUGGAUUCCCUCAAGUUGCUGGAAGCAAGGAAAAGUUGGAGCUUGCUGUUGAAGUUGUGGUCUCGUCAACAACCGAUUCGUCCGUCUCGGUACGAAUAACUGCUUCAUGGGCUCUCGCAAACAUAUGUGACGCUCUACGCAGUAUUGCAGAAUCAAAAGAUGAGCUCAGUCCGAGGUCUCCUUACCUCGCGCCGUUGGCAGAAUGCGCUUUGAGGGCAGCCAAAGAUUGUGACAAGGUUCGUGCUAAUGCUGUGAGGGCUCUUGGAAACCUAGCGAGGUUUGCUGAUUUCAGUGGUCAAACAGAAGCGCAUAUGAAAAGGUUUUUGGGCUUAAACCGGGAUGUAGCCUAUCAGGGAGCUGUAGAAGCACGGAGAUGGCUGGAUGUAAUGGUUCAAACACUCGUUUCAUGUGUGACUACAGGAAAUGUCAAGGUGCAGUGGAAUGUCUGCCAUGCUUUGGGGAACUUGUUUCUGAACAAAACAAUCAACUUAUCAACAACCACCUGGGUGCCAUCAGUAUACAGUAUACUGCUUCUGCUUUUACGAGACUCAGCCAAUUAUAAGAUCAGGAUACAUGCUGCGUCGGCACUUGCUGUUCCUGGAGAUCGAGAAGAUUACGGAGAGUCUUUCACGGAUGUUGUGAAAGCAUUGGUGCAUGCUCUGGAAUGCACGGAUUCUGAACACGAGUCGGCCCCGACCAGCUUCAAAUAUGUCAAGGCUCUGACAGAGCAGCUCACGACGACUGUAGUACAUGUUCUUGGUUUGAGCAAGCCCGAUGAUUUCAUGCACCUGAAGGAUUUUCUUUUGAAGAGGAUACCAUUUUUGGCGGAAUUUUUCAAAACGCUUUGUACUUCGGUGGGAAGGUCAAGAUUGUUGGACACGUAUAACGACGAGACAGGGCUUUUAGAACGAAUGGCUGAAGUCAGUAUUUCUGAGAAAGCUGAUAGCAAAACUGUGGCGUACGAUGAAAUGCCUCUGCCUCCACCUAAAGAGAAUCGUCGAUAUGGUCUGCAAAUGGAAGAUACUGCCACCUCGAGUGGCGGACUAGCGCAGAAAGUAAAAGACCUCAGAAGGGCUAUCAGAGCAGUGGCAGAAAUGUACAGGUUUGGUGAAAUUGCCAAUGUGCCUCAGAGAUUGGAAAUGUUGUUAGCCUAAGAUAGCAAACAUUGCUCUUCUUUUAUGACACCAAGAGACUCUUCUAGCCCUUGUAAUUAGGUUCGGGAAUUCAAGUGGGACAUUGAAAGCCUUGUGCCGAGUAGGAUAUGCAAUGUCGAGUUUAUUCUCAAAAUAUGUGGGUGGACGUAAAGUUCAGAAACGUUUCCUCUCGCGUCCUUGGAUGUCGUUUCUCUUUCAACCACAUGAUCAUCAGUAAACCUUGCUUCAUGAUAGGAGUACGACUUUUUU